UCUUUCUCAAUUUCUUUGGGAUUAAGCUGAUAUCUGAUCCCCGAAGAAAAAUAAUCGAAUAAAAAAUUCCAAUUUAAGAUUUAACAAAGUUCAACUUAAUUAAUCAAUCGGUUUAGAUAUGGCAAGUCAAACACAAGGCAUUCAACAGCUUUUAGCUGCUGAAAAACGCGCUGCAGAAAAGGUUUCCGAAGCACGAAAACGUAAGCAAAAACGUCUUAAACAAGCCAAGGAAGAAGCUCAAGAUGAAAUUGAAAAAUACAGACAAGAACGUGAACGUCAGUUUAAGGAAUUCGAAGCUAAACACAUGGGAUCCCGUGAAGGAGUUGCAGCAAAGAUCGAUGCUGAUACAGUGCAGAAAAUUGAAAAGAUGAAUCGUGAUAUUCAGAGCAACAAGAAUCCAAUCAUUCAAGAGGUUUUGGGACUUGCUUACGACAUCAAGCCCGAAGUUCAUAAGAAUUUCUUGUUGAAGCUGAAUGCCUCAAAAUAAACAUUUACAUUCGAAGGUUUAAUCCAAUGUGUUGCAAUAUAUUGCUUGUUAUUCCAAACCGAUGUGUAAGAAUAUUUAAUCCCCACUAUCUAGAAUCAUCUUUAAGAUUCAUACAGACAAUUCAUAGAAAAUCUUCGGUAUUUACCAAUAAUUAUUACAAUCUCUAUUCAUGACAUUUAAUUCGAAUUUCUUUCUCGUAAGUUGAAUUUAUUAAAUUUAUUUUGUUUUUCUUUUCUACAAUUUGCCACAAAAUUAUUUUUAAAAGAGAACUUAAAUUUAAAAUUUCUUGAUUUUCUUGAAGAAAACAACAUUUCUGGUUCAACUUUGUCUUUAGAUGUAUGUAAUAAACAUAAAUUUUAGGCUUAGUCUAUCCAUAAUAUGUGUCAUUAUAAAAAGAUGAAAUAAAGUUAUAUUAAUGGUUGAGUUAAUCUUAAAGGUGAAAACAUUUUCAUAACUUAUUUAUUUUGGAUCAUUAAUUUUGAUCGACUUCAUCAAUUUGAACGUUUCAUGAGUUGUUGUCAGCAAUGCCAAUUCUCUAUAUCUUACUGGUUCACGUUUCGUUCCCGUAAAAUCAGAGAAAGUCGUCAAAUCUCUUGGACAUUCACCUAAGAAGUCAUCAGUGUCUACAAACCAAGUCCAAACUCCACCAAGAUUGUUCUCAAACGCAUAUUUCACUUUGUUUGCAACUGAUCGAGGUGAAUCAUAAAUAACAACAUGAGUCAAAUUAUUUUUAACAAACUUUCCGAUAGUCUGAGAUGCUAAAUUGUCAAAAGUCAAUUCCCAUUGAUAUUCUUUCCUUAGUCUACAAAUUUCAUUGUAGCCUAGAAAACCAUUUUCAUUCACAAAUGGUCCAGGAAAGUUGACAUCAUUUAGUGUCUUAUCUCCAAUGUUCCCAUUAGUUGAUGCGAUGUAAGAACGCCCAAAGAAUGGAAUUCCCAAUAUCAACUUUUCAGAUGGAAUGCCAUGGUAAUCUCUGAAAUAUUUCACUCUCGAAUCAAUUGUUCUUUCACCUGCACCAUAAAUUGCAGCUGGAUAUUCAAUCUUCUGAUCCCAAUAACCAGUAAAGUCAAAUGUCAUAAUUAAAAUCGCAUCAGCAUAUUUUCCAAUGCUUCUCAUGUCAUAAGCAGACUCAACGAUAUUUGCAGGUGUACGAACAAAAACACUGAGAAAAAGAUUUUCUUGUUGAUACACUUCGUGAAUCUCUUGCAAUAAUAACCCAAAGUUUCUUUUAUCAGAAGGAGAACCUCCACGAUGUGCUGGAUGUUCCCAAUGAAAAUGAAGGCCAUCAAAGCCAUAUUUCUCAAGAUAAUUAGCUGAAUUAACAGCAAAUCGCUUUCGUCUGUUAACAUCAGCAGCAAGUUCAGAAUAUUUCUUUGAACCAUCAAUCCAACCGCCAACAGCAAGUAAAGUCCGAAGACCGUUAUGAGAUUUUUUUAAUGAUGUGAAUCGCUUGUAAAGAUUCUGUCCACCAUUGUCUUCCAGUUCUUGCCAAGGAUUUGUCGGCUUGAGACUAUCACCAGCUUCAUCGAGAUUUGACAAUAAAUAAACAGCAGUUGUGCAAAGUUCAGGUCUGAAAUCAUUUAAGAAAAACACGCCGUCACCUUGACGACCUUCAGCCCAACUUUCAAAAAAGCAGAAAAUUUCUUUCUUUGAAAUCUUUUCAUCAGGAUUUUGAUUGGGCCGUAAUGGUGACGACAUGCUAACCUUUUUUGAUGUCUGAAGAAUCCACUCGUUAAAUUUUACAACAUUUGUAAAAAUUGAAUCAUCGGAAACUUGACACUCGUUAUUUUCAUUUACAAAUGAAGCUGAAACGAUGCCUCUCAAAUACCAUCGUCUGUUUCGAUUUCCAAAACUGACAAAAAGACCAGAACCUGAAUCACCUCUACAUGGGCCUGACGUUUCAUCUUUACCAGCACAAAAAGUAUUUAAAGAAGAGAUUGCAGCAAAUCGAUGAUUUUUCAGAAAGCAAACUUCAUUUUUAACAAUGGAAACUUCCAAUUCCUUUGGCGUGCUCUCAUGUUCAGCUUCUGAUUCUGACUUUCCCCAUCCAACAACAAUUCCGUUGUCUUUUCUUGGCUCGUGAUUUUUAUCCCACAAACAAAUUGGUGAAAUUUUAUCGGUAAAGCCAAACUGUGUCUCGAGAACAAUUAUUGCAAUAUCUGAAUCAUAGUUUUGUGUAUAAGUUUUCCAAUUUUGAUGAAUGAUUAUGUCAGAUGGAUAAACGGUCAUGGAACCUCGUUCUAGUGGGUCAGUGAGAUUGAAUUUUCCGAGCUUGACUACAAUUUCAUUUGCUUGAAGAGGUUUGCUUGCACCUUUAUCAAUAAUACAAUGAGCUGCCGUCACCACCAUAUUGUCACUAAUUAAAUUCCCACCACAAAAGAAUUUAUCACCUUUAGCCAAAUAUAACGCAGCCAACCAAGGCCAUGCACCUCUCUCAGAUUGAGUUCCAUUGAUAAUCAACCCUGAUGGCUUACCAGCAAUUCCACACGACGUCUCAGUUCUUCCUGAGAUUAUGAAAUUGCAAAUUAAAUAAAAUAUAACAAAGAACACACAAAAAUACGACAUGA